GUGACCCACCAAGAAUUGUGAAAGGGAAAGCAAAAGGUCAUUUCAAUCUUUAAUAAUUUAAUGGUUCACUUUCCCAAAAGUAAACACCUUCUUGAAGAAGUUUGCAGGAUAGAGACAUCUCUCUUCUUGAUAAGUAUAUGCAUAAGUGGGAGGAUCAACCUGAAGUAAACAAGACUGCUCAGCCUUUGAAAUCCCUUGAUCGCAAUGGUUGCAGGACACAAGCGACAUUCAAAGCAUUGGGAGAGGUCAUCCCCAGCUCAAAGGCAGCUUGAUCCUCGGUUCAAUAGACUUUCAAUUAAAUCGAAAAGGCCCUCCUCAACUCGAAGGGAUUUUGUUCCUCAGUACAAUAGACAUUCCGAUGAUUCAGAGUGGCCAUCCCCAGCUCCAAACAAUGGACAUUUUUUGUGGAGAUCGCCGAGACAUUAUGUACAAAGUAUUAAUGUCGUCAUGGCUGCAAGACACAAGCGACAUUCAAAGCAUUGGGAGAGGUCAUUCCCAGCUCAAAGGCAGCUUGAUCCUCGGUUCAAUGGACUUCCAAUUAAAUCGAAAAGGCCCUCCUCAACUCGAAGGGAAUUUGUUCAUCAGUACAAUAGACAUUCCGAUGAUUCAGAGUGGCCCUCCCCAGCUCCAAACAAUAGACAUUUUUUGUGGAGAUCGCCGAGACAUGAUGUACAAAGUAUUAAUGUCGUCAUGGCUGCAAGACACAAGCGACAUUCAAAGCAUUGGGAGAGGUCAUCCCCAGCUCAAAGGCAGCUUGAUCCUCGGUUCAAUGGACUUUCAAUUAAAUCAGAAAGGCCUUCCUCAACUCGAAGGGAAUUCGUUCCUCAGUAUAGACAUUCCGAUGAUUCAGAGAGGCCAUCCCCAGUUCCAAACAAUAGACAUUUUAUGUGGAGAUUGCCGAGACAUAAUGUACAAAGUACUAGGAGUAUUGCAUACCCAGAACGCGCAGUUUUUAAAUGGCUUCCAACAGGUUUGGAAAAUGAUAAUCAUUUUCCUUCUUCUGUGUGUCUUAAGCAGAUUUCUUUAGAACCCACAAAGAAAACUGGACAAAAUCCCUCCUUAGUUUUAGUGAACAGUCGUCUGGGUAAAGAUAAGGAUGAAGAGGGAAGGAAUGUAUCCGGAAGACCGUGGGAAUCUGUAGCAGAAAAUGUAUGGCCAGAUUUGCUGUCUUGUUUAGAAAAUGUGAGGAAGAAAAUGAAGUGUCAAGACCUGGAGGAAGUCUAUCCAAAAUUUGUUGCUAGAUUUGGCAAAAAUAUUUUUCAUGGGAAUGCUUCAAGGUGGUUCGACAAUGUCAGAAAAGGUCAGCUUCCUGAGACAACUUUGGGAAAAUUGACUAAAUCAUUUAACACAAAUGUUUCAACUUCAUACACGGAAAAAAUUAUAAGGGAAGCUGUGCCAAAAAUUGGAGUUGGUUUUGAUGAUAAGAAGGAUAUAUACCAUGUCAGGUUAUCUGACAGCACACAAAAAGACUCAAUUAUAUCAUGCAAAUGUACUUUAAACAAUGAUAAAAAGCUUGUGCUCUAUAAGGUUGAACUAAACCAAGUUCGUCACUUGGUUGUGGACGUAUCAUGCCUUGAAAAGGAUCUAGACCUAGGUGUGCUAGGCAGUAAGAGGAUCUUAACUGCUCUCUCUGAUGACGAAUCGCAUAGUAUUAGAGAUUUGAUUAAUUCGGCAGUUUUAGAUCCAGAGGUGAAGGGUGGAUUGAGAUGGCCAUGGGAUGGGCUAUUAUGGAAUAGAUACUGUGUUAUUGGGGUUUGGCACACAAAAGUGAAAUCAUAUAAAAGCCCAUCACUAAGGCUCAAGGUUAGAUAUGCUGAUCGAUCUGAUUUCAAGAGUGGAACUGGGGAAGCUACAAUGAGACUACCCUGCAAUUGA